CCAUAGUGCUCGCGUCAAAAUGGCAGAAAAUUUAAAAGGUUAUUUUGGCAAAUGAGUGCUGAGUGGGAAGAUUGCAACUGCUGCAUGUAUAUGGUCAGAUAGAUAUGGCACGUAGACGUCUAGAGACUGCCAUACAGGCAGGAAAGGCAAUAGAACAAGGUAAACAAUGGCCAGAAGAGUUCACAAAGCUUGAAGUACUAAAAGAAUUAAAGUUUGAUUAUGACAGAGAUGGUGUAUAUUGCUUGCAGUUCUCUCUGGAUAGUGAGCAGUUAGCAGUUGGAUUUGGCAAUGGUGGAAUACAGGUUUUUGAUGCUCAUACACUGGAGAAGAUACAGGAUAUUAAGCCAUCUAGAUAUGGAGGGGGACUGGCUGUUACAUGUAUCCGCUACCACCCCAAGCAGCAUCACAUCUUCUUUGCAUCAAACUCAGAGGGACAAGUAUUGUCCUGUAACACUAAGGCUGGGACAUUUGAUGUGAUCAUUGAAGAAAAGCAAAAUGAAAUAAACUGCUUGGACUUUAGCUUGGAUGGGUUUAAUUUUGCAACUGCUGGGAAAGAUCUGACUGUCAGGAUUUAUGAUACCCAGUCUCAACAGUUAUCCCAUGUCUACCAGGGCUAUAAUGAGACUGCUCCACCAGUAGAGUUCCAGGUCCCAGGUCAUGCUCAGCGGGUAUUUGCUCUCAAGUAUCACCCAGAGAACAAUCAUAUUCUCAUAACAGGUGGCUGGGACAACCAUCUCAAGGUGUGGGACACAAGGUCACAGGAUGGUGUCAAGAGGACUAUUGGGGGUCCACAUAUCUGCGGGGACAGCCUGGAUGUCAGGGGCUUUAAAAUCUUGACGGGUUCCUGGGUAGCUCAACAUUCACUGCAGAUCUGGGAUUACAAUGAGGGUGUAGUUGAGAAGAACAUUCCCUUCCCCCAUGGUGGACAUGGGGAGUUCUUGUAUUGUGCUCAGUUCUGUGACAAUGAUGUGGUCAUAGCAGGGGGCAGUGGUACUCAUAGUAUACAAGCUGUGAAUACUGUCUCUGGAAAGUGCCUGGGUGAAAUAAAGAUGGAAAAACCAGUACAAGCUCUGGACACUACCAAGGGAGGGAGACUGUUUGCUAUUGGUGGGGGAGAUAACAGGUUGAUUCUAGGAAGUCUGUCAUAGAGACUAGAGUCACAGUAAUCACAUAUCUAUACAUGACUUGCUUUAGAGAAGAACUGGAUUUGUUGAGAUAUGGUACCUUAUACUGAAACCUUAAAAUUAGGGCCAUGUCAUACAUAAUAGAACAUGUGUGAGAUAUCCUGUUUCUACAAAGGUCACCUAUGAGAUUUCAAGGAUUGCUCAUGUGCAUUUAUAAUUCCCAAUGUAUAAAAGACACAUUGUGUCAUGUUAGACAAAUUCCUCUCCGAGCACUGACCAUUUACAUUAAUAUAUGCAUAGAUUGUUAUAACGAAUGUAUCUGACCCUGAUUUGGUUUACCUAAGUUGUGCAACUUGAAGGUAGUAGGGUUAUCAAGGGCCCUGAAACUUGUUUUACUUCAAAACACAUUAUUAAUUAACAAGGCUUCCAAGAUAUAUGUAUAUAAUAUACAUUGUACUUUAAUGCUACAUGUAUUAUUGCACAUUGAAUGAUGUACGCUUCUGCACGUUCCUGGAGUGCAUUUCUAGGAAAUGUUUUGAUGUAGGAGAUAGUUGCCAAUCACAUUUUGCCAUGAACAACAUUUCCAAAGAGCAAAAAACUUGAAUUUACUUGAAACGACUCACUAAGCCAUCUGGACUAAAUUAAUGUUGUUGGUCAUUUAAUGUAACUCCGUAACUCUA